UCUCGUCUGUUGUCCACCUUGGAUCCAAGCCAUUGAUGGUGGGCUGUGUCUGACUGGAUGGCUUUGUGUUAAUGGCGACACAAACCUAGACGAAAUUUCAGCAGCAAUUACUUACCAGGCGAGGCAUCCACUAUUUUUGUCGGCCCACUGACCAGUAAUAGAACUGAUGCAAAAAAUAUCAAUAUUCCAAUCUUGCGCUAUUACUGUUGGAUUCCUUUCUGCGGUGUCCGCUUCCCUCAACUCUAAUUGGUGGCCUCGCACCUCCGGGUAUCCAAGUAGCGGAGUGCUACUAUCCUUGAGAAUGGGUGUUAAUACUUGGAGUGAUGACGAAGUCCCAUCCGUACAGAGUAUCUCAAUCAGGCUCUAUACUCUCAGACGGCAAUCAUUUCUUCUGCUCAUGUCACUCCACCGUCCGCGUGAUGCGCCAACAUAGCUCCACCGGGUUGUUACUCUUUAACACGCUAAGCGAUCCGUUCAUCCCUUCACGUCAGUACUAGCUCUCCCGCUUCUUCCCUCAGAGCCACCG